UUUAACGUACAAUAUCAUAAUGAAAAUUAUUAUUUUCAUUUUAGUCAUUGUUAUUAUAGUUGUAAAAUUUUCAGAGGCUUCAAAAUUAAUUAAAAAAGCUGUGUUCAUUGCAAAGAACGCAUUUAAGGAAGACAGCUUGACGUCAGUAGUUUGGGGCCGCUGUGAUAAUUUUGUUGUAACGGAUUUCUUAAACCAAUAUGAAGAGACUGUGGUCACCGUCAAGAUUGAUAAAGGUUUUGAUAUAAAUAAUACGCACUUUCAUAAAAAUGUUUUAUAUAAACAGACAGUUUUCUUCGCAGAAGAUCCAGCUGAGUUUGAAUAUUUUCUAAAAGUCAUAAAUCGUGUAAUCGUGGUGCCCAUACAAGUGAUUUUGGUUAUUGCAGAGCGUAAACUAUCACAAGAUUUAGCUGCUGAAUUUACAAAAACAGCUUGGGAUAAUGAUGUUGGUAAUAUCAUAGUGAUGGGUUAUGAUGUUAAUGAUACUAUAGCAUUAAAUACGUACUUGCCCUAUGAAAACGGAUGUGGCAACUAUAGCCCUGUGAAAAUAAAUGCUAACACUACAAACUAUUUUAAACCAAAAUUCCGAAAUUUCAAUGGCUGUCCAAUUAGAACGUCUCUUUUAGAGUUCAUACCGUAUGUAAAAUUGAAAAAACAAAAUGAUUCUGUAAAUAUAAAUGGUGUUGAUGGAAAUGUACUCAAAUUAAUAAUAGAAUCGUUAAAUUCUACCAUGGACAUAGUGACAGCGAAUACAAAUGGCGUAAUUAGUUCAUGCAUAAACGGUACUAGAGUUGGUACUUUUAAUGACUUGGUGUACAAUGUAGCUGAUAUUAUGGUACCGUCUGUUAUUAUAGUGUCUAUAAGAUACGCCGUAUCGCAAAUAUCGUACGUUUAUUACACUGUUAAAAUAGUGUGGUGCAUGCCUAAUCAGCGAGAAAUAUACCAGUGGGUUACAGCUGUACUGCCUUUUAUAAAUAUGUCAACACCUUUAAUAAUAUUAGCUAUGUUUAUCAUCAUUAUUAUAUUCCGGUUGAUUAAAAAACUUGGAAAAAUAAAAGGCGAGUCAAAUAAGGGAUAUUUAUUUCAAAUGUUUGGUAUAUUUAUCGGCCAACAAGUAAUCAUCAACUCUAAGUACAGGUUGAUUAACUAUUUGAUUACUUUCUGGAUAUGGUUCUGUCUUAUUGUUCGUAUCUCGUAUCAAGGGGAACUUAUAAAUGGAUUACGGAAGACCAUUUUAGAGCCACGCAUUAAAACAUUAGCUGAAGCAAUAAAAGUUGUUGACGAACUUGGUGGAAUGCCAACGUUUAUUGAACUGUACCGAAAUACGUCGAUCGCAGAUAAGUACAAUCAGAUCAAAUUACGAGAGCUUCCGCAUUAUUUGGACGAAAUUGCUGCUGGGAGGAAAUAUUUGCUAGCAGUUGAUAUGCAGCAAGUAAAAUAUUAUCGGCAUAAAGUUCAAAUCCUUGAGGAACGCGUGACAAGUAUGCCGGCCUGUAUUCACAUGCGACCUCGUUGGCCCGCUGCCCCGGAAAUUAGUCACCUUAUCGGCCGAAUGGUAGACUCAGGAUUAAUCGUCAAAAUUUGGAGGGACAUGAGAAACGAAUGGCUACUAAAACAUAGCCGAGUAGAAAACGCUAAUACGGUGACAGCAUUGGACAUAAAAACACUAAGUUCUUGUUUUUAUGGUCUACUCAUUAUGUACUGUGUGUGUUGUUUUAUUUUUUGUCUAGAGAUCGUUUUGGAUCGAUACAAAAGAAGGAAAUUUUUGAAAAAGUGUUGUUAAUAAAAGACGUCUCUGCUCUAAGCUAAAAAAUAAUGUUAGCCUAACUUUUGUCUAAAUCAGCGUUUCCCAAACUUUAUUCUACUGUGACCCGGUAUAUACCUACUGUUUGCGAAUUGCGUUGAAAAGGCGUGGAAUUGGAAAAGAAGGAUAUCACUCACUCAUUUAAAGACCUCUUCCCUUCUAUGUUUAUUUCGGAACAUAGACCACCACGCUGCUCCGACGCCAAUUGGCGAUAACAUUUUGCCAGAAAUAAAUAUAUAAGGAAUAUAUAUAAAUAUAUAGGAAUAUAUAUAUAUAUAUAUAUCACAGGAACUAACAUCAUUAUACAAUAUGUUGUCUCUCGAAGAUGGCAACCAUGAACGUCCCAAGUCUCCACGCUAAAUAAUGAAGAAAGAAUAAGGAAGAAAGAAAACUCAUUCGAAUUUCAAAUGUCACGAUAUUGGAGAACUUGUGUAGAUACAUACUGCUGCUGUAGCUGAUAAGCUUAUUCAUACAAACAAAUAUGUAAAUUUUAAUCGAAACCGAUACGAUUUAUACACAAAAUAUAGGAAAACAUUUCGAAUAUAGUAAAUGUUCUAGUAUUUAUAUUUAUUAUAAAUAUUUUCUGAUAUGUUGUAUACGUCUGCGUUAUAUGUUAUAGA